GGCGCUAGCCCCAUGGAGCGGGGGAAGAUGGCGGAGCUGGAGAGCUUGGAGACGGCGGCGGAGCACGAGCGGAUCCUGCGGGAGAUCGAGAGCACCGACACGGCCUGCAUCGGCCCCACGCUCAGGUCUGUCUAUGAUGGAGAAGAACACGGUCGUUUCAUGGAGAAGCUGGAAGCACGAAUCAGAAACCAUGAUCGUGAGAUUGAGAAAAUGUGCAACUUCCAUUACCAGGGCUUUGUGGACUCCAUCACGGAGCUGCUGAAAGUUAGAGGAGAAGCUCAAAAACUGAAGAAUCAAGUGACGGACACCAACCGAAAGCUGCAGAAUGAAGGGAAAGAACUGAUAAUAGCAAUGGAAGAGCUGAAGCAAUGCCGAUUACAACAGAGAAAUAUUUCAGCGACGGUUGAUAAGCUAACACUGUGUCUUCCUGUCCUGGAGAUGUACAGCAAACUGCGAGAGCAAAUGAAAUCUAAAAGACACUACCCUGCGCUGAAGACCCUGGAGCACCUCGAGCACACGUACCUGCCCCAAGUGAGCCACUACCGCUUCUGCAAGAUCAUGGUGGAUAAUAUUCCAAAGCUGCGUGAAGAGAUCAAAGAAGUUUCCAUGUCAGACCUCAAGGAUUUCCUGGAGAGUAUCCGUAAGCACUCUGACAAGAUUGGGGAGACGGCAAUGAAACAGGCACAGCAGCAAAGAAACCUGGACAAUAUUGUAUCACAGCAUCCCAGGAUAAGCGGGGGGAAGAAGUCCAAGAAAGAAGUCUGCGCAAGCUCAGAUCUGGAGGUAAAAAACACUAGCCCCAUGUCUGAGCAAGAUUCGGGUAUCCUGGAUGUUGAAGAUGAGGAUGAGGAUGAAGAGGUGCCUGGGGCCCAGGACCUGGUGGACUUCUCACCGGUGUACCGAUGCCUGCACAUAUACUCUGUCCUGGGUGCCCGAGAAACCUUUGAGAACUACUACAGGAAGCAGAGAAGAAAACAAGCCAGAUUGGUCCCACCACCUUCAAACAUGCAUGAAACUUUAGAUGGCUACAGGAAGUAUUUUAAUCAAAUUGUAGGGUUUUUUGUAGUUGAAGAUCACAUCUUGCAUACAACGCAGGGCUUGGUAAAUAGAGCCUAUAUUGAUGAGCUGUGGGAGAUGGCGUUAUCAAAAACUAUUGCAGCACUGAGAACACAUUCAUCCUACUGCUCAGACCCGAGCCUGGUGUUAGACUUGAAGAACCUCAUUGUCCUCUUUGCAGAUACACUCCAGGGAUACGGCUUCCCAGUGAACCAGCUCUUUGACAUGCUGUUGGAGAUCCAAGACCAGUAUAGUGAAACCCUGCUGAAGAAAUGGUCAGGAGUUUUCAGAAAUAUACUUGAUUCAGAUAACUACAGUCCCAUCCCAGUGACAAAUGAAGACGUUUAUAAGAAAAUAGUUGGACAGUUCCCAUUCCAGGACACAGAACUUGAAAAGCAACCGUUUCCAAAGAAGUUCCCCUUUUCUGAGUUUGUGCCUAAAGUUUACAAUCAGAUUAAGGAAUUCAUCUACGCCUGUCUGAAGUUUUCGGAAGACCUUCAUCUGAGCUCCACCGAAGUUGAUGAUAUGAUUAGAAAAUCUACAAAUCUGCUGCUGACCCGAACGCUGAGCAACUGUUUGCAGAAUGUCAUCAAGAGGAAAAAUGUCGGGCUGACGGAGCUUGUACAGAUUAUUAUAAAUACGACCCAUUUGGAGAAAUCCUGCAAGUUCCUAGAGGAAUUCAUAACCAAUAUCACUAAUGUACUUCCAGAAACUGUCCACACUACGAAACUCUACGGGACCACAACCUUCAAGGACGCCCGCCAUGCUGCUGAGGAGGAGAUUUACACUAACCUGAACCAGAAGAUAGACCAGUUCUUGCAGCUGGCGGACUACGACUGGAUGGCCAUGGAGCCGGGCAGCAAGGCCAGCGACUACCUUGUAGAUCUCAUUGGCUUUCUACGCAGCACGUUUGCUGUGUUCACCCACCUCCCGGGGAAGGUGGCGCAGACGGCUUGCAUGUCGGCGUGCAAACACCUCUCCACCUCGCUGAUGCAGCUGCUGCUGGAAGCCGAAGUGCGGCAGCUGACGCUGGGUGCCUUGCAACAGUUCAACCUGGACGUGGAGGAGUGUGAACAGUUUGCCAGAUCCGGCCCAGUGCCUGGGUUCCAAGGGGACACGCUGCAGUUGGCCUUCAUCGACUUGAGACAACUCUUAGAUCUGUUCAUCCAGUGGGACUGGUCGACGUAUUUGGCUGACUACGGGCAACCCACGUGCAAGUAUCUUCGCGUGAACCCGACGACAGCCCUCAUCCUGCUGGAAAAGAUGAGAGACACGAGCAGAAAAAACAACGUUUUUGCCCAGUUUCGGAAAAACGAGAGGGACAAGCAGAAGCUGAUAGACACCGUGGCCAAGCAGCUCCGCAGCCUGAUCAACAGCCAUCACUCGUGAGGGACUCGGGGACCUCCUGCCCACGCCGGUCCCUUGCACCGCAGCCUUCCACAUGCCUGGACUUGGGAUUCUUGUUCAAAGAGAAUAUAUGUAUUUUUUUAUUCACCUGUAUAGUAUUCAUGAAACCUACCCUGAUGACAAAAUGUUCCUUGUUAAACAAUCCCGGGGAAGAUAGGCGGCACCGCUCGUGAAGGCGGUGUCAGGAGUCUCCUGUUAUAAACUCCUAUUUUCAGGGGUUUAUAAAGUGACGGUAAAUGCUGAAGCCUGAGAGAGAAGUUCACACCCAGACUAUUUUCUUUUUUUUUUUAAUAAGCCCAAUUGAAAGAAUCGGUCUGACUUCCUUUUGUUAACUUAUUCAGUUGCAGAACAAACGAAAACAAAAAAUAUAGGGAGGAGUCGUGGUUUCAGGUUCUUCUCAUGGGCUCCGGUAAAAGGAGCACACGUUUCGAAAGAGGGUCACCCGUUAGCUUGUCUUGCCAGCUUCUGUAUUGGAUUUAGGUAGGAAAAGAGGCAAACUGAUUUCCCAACUUUCCUCCUCUUUUUCCUGGAAGGGCUGGUUUCCACCUUAGGCUGCAGAUUGCUGGAGCUGCAACCCUUUCCUGCGUCUCUGUAGUCAGCAUAGCCACCCCCUGAGCUCCACCUCUAGGACCUGCCGGUGUCUUUUGGAUCUGCACUGAAUGUAGAAGGGCUUCGCGAGCUGCCUCGUUAACUAGAUUUGGAAAAGGAGAGCCAGAAGAUAAUCUGGCAGGGUAUCCUGCGGCGCCGGUCUGGUGCUGGGAUGCUGCUGCUCGCAUCCAGCGCGGUUGGGUAGCAGGAGAGGAGGGAUGCUCGGCAGAGACGGUGCAAAGGCAGACUGGGCUCUCCUGGUGUCCAGGGCAGUCCGUGCAGGGUUUUUUCCUCUCUUUGCACCUCUUUUCCGUGCUGAUGUCCCAUCUUCCCUCUCCUCCUGACACGGUGCAAUGGGGUAAAGGCCCUCUGCUUCCCGCGAGCGCCCUGGCUUGCGCCGCGCGAGGAGCAGCCCUGCGAACUCACUGCUGGCCAGGACGAUGAGAAGGAACCUCCUGGAGGUCCCUGAAGCGGAGGCAGCGGGAGAUGCCUCGUGGAGCAGCAUCGCUCGGCUCCCCCCGGCUCAGAAGUGCCUACGGACAAAAUUCCCCUCUGCUCUGAAGGUGCCCAAACAUCCUCUGCUCAAAUCAAGACAGCCUUUGAGGAGGACGGUAACGCUACCAACAGGACUUCAUUCCCAGCGUUCAGGUUACAGAGAGAGGGGACUUCCGCCCUUAUCUUCUCAUUACCCUUUUGACUCUAAUUACUGCAGGUGAAAGCUUAUCCAGCCGGUUCCCCCACCUCCCAAACCCUGAUCUUAAAGGGAAUUAAAAUCUUCCUGGUGGAUGUUACGGCCCUGGCAGUGCUGCUUCAGCACGGGCACGAGCCGUGCCCAUUUCCUACCCUCGUUUGAAGGUGGUGGGUGCUGAGCCCUCAAACCGCUUCUGGAAGCGGCGGGGUGCUUUGCUGACCUGCGGAGCAAGGUUCCUUCUCCUUCCCCUCCCUCGACGCAGACUCCCGGAGCUAUGGAGGGGCAGGACUUGUUCGAACGUCACCGCGUGGCAUUUGCAGAAGGGCGGCAGCACUUUCUUGGUGCGUUCGUUCCCUUUGCUCUCUGACCACGUGCACUUUUUGCUCUGUGUUUCUUGCCUGGGGAGCUCUUCUGACACUCAAGCUCUGGCUACACGAAGGGGAUGGUGCUUUAUCUUCCCUCCUUGUUCCUCAGCAAUACUUUUUUCUGUUUGUUUUCUUUUUGAUAAGGGUACGUGUUACUUAACCCUGAAAGUAAAUAGGCACGUUGUCAGCAAUGACCUCCUGGGGCUGUCGUCCUGUCCCAGCAGUCUCCAGCCACGAGGACCAGUGGAUUAUUUUCAUUAAUAAGAAGGAAGACCUGAACGUGGCUUUAUGGUUCCUUGCUUUUGAGGGGGGAUCAGAGGUUACUUUCAUCUUAAUGCCUCUUUGAAGUACAUGUAAGAAGGAUGGAGGAAAAAAGAAGCAGCUGAAUGAAAGUUGGUGUUAGCGUGGCCAGAAAGGGAUCGUCUUCGUACAUACAUCUACAUACGACCCAGCAAAGGCUUUCAGAAGGACAAGUGAAAAUGAACUUGGUCCAUUCCUCGCUGGUGACCUCUUUCCUGCUCUCCAAAACGCCGGACCUGAGCGUGAACCAGCCUGGGGGCUUCGCCACGGCCCCUGUGAGCCUCGGGGGAUCCCCAGCUCAAUCUUGGCAUCCCAAAUCCUGCACAACCAAGAAGGAAAAAUUGCCCGGCUUGCCGGACUCCGAUUGGAAACUCUUCCUCGCCAAAUUGCUGGGGAAAGGAAGCAGACCGGUCCUUAUGGUCCUGGCAGCGAUGGGAGAGCUCUCAGCUCUCCAGCCAAGACGUGUCCCACAAGCCGCAGGACCACGGGACACUUUUAUUCCUCCUCCCCAUCCCUCGGCAGUGCCACCGUGGAAGAGAUGUGGGGACAGGAGUGCAAAGGGGGUGGCAAAAGCAAGUGGGAUGGGCUGGUUCGAGCAUCAGACCUGAGCUCCUACCCAGAGGAUGGAGUUUGAAACAAAAAACCCCAGCUACCCAGUGGUGACAGUAACAGGGGGAGCUUCAGUCCACAGGGCACUUCAGUUAAGGGCCAUUAAAUAGUAACAAGCACUUUAAAAUCCUUCAGAAUCAAGCUGCUACAGAUGCUGGCAACGGCGUCAUUGAGCAUCAGCAAGCAUGACAAAUAAGGCACUCUGGCAUUUCCAGGUUUUAUUAGUGGGAGGAUAGACUGUCAAAGACAAUUUUUAAUCGCUUUUGUCAGCCGUGGGCUUUGCUGCCAGGCGAGGCGGUGCUUUGCUUUUGCAGAUUUUUUUUCUCCUCCGUGCUAGGUGCAGGAUGAAGGGAAGAGGAGGAGGCACCGCCAGGCAGCAUCACCUCCGGUCCCCGAGACGUGGGGAAGGGGCUUUGUGCUGCUGUCGGUGCGAGCGGAAAAAAGCACCCAGCUCCUGCCGCCGCCUUGAAACUCCAUUUUUUUUUUCCCCCAAGGGGUGACCCCUGUCUUGCAUUGCACAAGGUAUACCCGCAUAAAAACCCCAAAGCAGCUGGGUCUCAGGGCAAGACCUUGUUUCAGAUACUCCAGACAGCUCCCAGCCUUCCCCAUCCCACAUCUGGGCUCUCUUUCCCGUCUCCACCGAGCUUUAGUUAAAAGAGGAGCGACACGACAUUGCCGUGCCUGCCCGGGAUAGAUUUCCUCGUUCCUUUAAGCUCUGCUCGGAGAGGCCAGCAUUGAGAUUCUGCGAACCGGCUUCUGGCGCUCAGGACUUGCUGCUGGGAAAGUCAAACUCGGCCAAGGGAGAGAUUCAACGAGUUUCUGAUUUCGGGAGGUCAAGCGCCUAACCGCAAGUCACAGACCGGGAUGAAAAAUGGCGUUUUGGUGCUCUGGUCCUAAUUAACUUUUUGUUCCGAGAGAUGCAGUUCCAUCCCUUCAAAAUAAAAUUAAUCUUUUAAACAGAUUGCUUAAAAAGCCCUGGAAGACAUUUAAAAUCCCCUCUAAAUCUCUUACUAAUGAUUGGUAUCCUCCGAUACGGAUGGUAUUGCUUAUGAGGGAAAGGUUGUUGCUAGAAAUUUAUAAGGGGGUGGGAAACGGGGGCAGAACCCGCUGCUGUAAUCGAAGAUUUGCAACCCCCAAAACAAGUAAUGCUGCUAUUAACACCUCCAUGUACAUACAUUGAACCUACCUUUGUUUUUUUUUUAAGCAGUAGCUGUAGAAAAGCCUGGCUUAUCCCCCACCUUUUCCCCGACCCAGCAAACAUUUUUCAGCACCAGUGGGGGGAAAAAAAAAAAAUUAACAAAAAAGACAAGUUUGGCUUCCUGAGAAGCAUCUGCACAUCUUAUCUGCUUUAUAAUCUUUAGGGGUUGUGCAGGCAGCCCAGGGCUUGGGAAUAAUUUUAUAUAAGGUCUCUAAAGUGCUAACUUGCGGCCCAAACCGUACCUAUACAUGAGGGGGACGGCCUCCGUUAGACAUCAUCGCGUGUGCAUGUGUGUGAGAGAGAGAGGAGGAGAUUUUUUCUGGGUUUUGUUCUUUUUUUUUUUAUUCCUAGGGCUGGAGUUCAAGUCAGAUGCUCUUAGCAAUUUUGCACUUUGUUCUACAUCCAACCACAACUCCAGGCUCUGAUGCGGGGGGAGAAGCUGGCUGAUGCUUUGUUCGAGGGGCUGUUUUGGUUUUGUUUUCUUAAAAAUUGGCUGCUUUUGUGCUGCUACGAAAAUGGCUGCUUGGGCAGAAGGCGUGGGCGUUUGCAUGCUGGCCCCAAACUGUUUGCAAGAUGCUGGGAGGCAGCGUGGAAAGCGGAGGCUGAGAUGGAGCCGGGGCCACUCCGGUGGCAUGGGCUGCUGUCGGCACCUCCUGCGCUGAAAGCUGGUUUUAGGGUAAAAAACCUUUUACCCGCCCCGAGGUAGCGAUGAUGGGAAGUGGCAGAUGAGGGAGGUUCGCGGUAGGUGUCCCUCCAGCAUCCCUUCCAACCAGUAUUCAAACCCCAGGCAGAGAAAUCUUCACCCUUCAUUGUUUCCUACCUCUCCGCCACACCUCGAUUUGGCUUUUCUCUUUAAUUCUGGGUUGGGUUUGGUGCUUUUUUGAAGCAGCAAGUGGUUUGGAGCAUCGAACCACCCUCCCACGCCCUGGCUGGGUGCAUGUCCCAUCCCCGGCUGCCACGGGGGUGCUGGGGUCUCUGCGCCCCAUUUCCUAUGGCUCUGGGGUGCUCAGAGACCCAGUGUGUGUGUGUGUGUCCCCGCUCCACCAACGCGACUCGUGUGUUUAUCACACUGCCGGGGAGCUCGAAGGGAACACAACUCGCAAAUAAAUCUCAUCGCAAAUGACUUCAAGAUGGGCCCGUCUCUGCUGUCCACUGGGAAAGUUGCGCAUUUGAGGGAAGCGACCCAAAUACACCGUGUUCUGGGCGGAAUUCACCCCAAAAACAGUGGAUGGGG